AUGACAACCAUCCCCGAAACCCAAACCGCAGCAGUCCUCCCCCCAUCCGGCGCAACCGCCGAUGCCCUCCUCCAGAUCAGAACAGAUCACCCCGUGCCUUCUCCGGGUGAGGGGGAAAUCCUCGUCAAGAUCGAGUAUUCGGGGGUCUGUCAUUCGGAUGUGCAUAGUAUUCGCGGGGAAACGCCGAUGUUGACCGAUGUGGCGGGUCAUGAGGGGGUGGGGAGGGUUGUUAUGGUGGGUGAUGGGGUUGAUGAGCAGGAGUGGAUUGGGAGGAGGGUUGGGAUUAGAUGGCUAUAUAGUUCUUGUUUGAACUGUGAGAUUUGCGCGGUGAAUAAUACGGCUUGUCCUUAUCAGAAGAAUGCGGGUGCGGUAUGUUAUUUCCCCUAUUAUAUUGUCAGUCCUGCUAUUCAUGUCACCAAGAUUCCCUCGGAGAUUGCGCCCGAUGUAGCUGCGCCGUUGCUGUGUGCGGGAAUUGCGAUGUACUCGUCGAUUAUGAAGACGAGGACACGACCGGGCGAUUGGAUCGUUCUCCCUGGGGCUGGCGGUGGUCUGGGACAUAUGGGGGUUCAAAUUGCAGUCAAGAAAGGACUGAAAGUCAUUGCGAUUGAUAGUGGCGAGAAGAAGAAGGAGUUGUGCCUUGCUCUUGGAGCCACCGCUUUCUUCGAUUACAAGGUCGACGAUAUCGAAAAGGAAGUGAAGAAACUAACGGGUGGGCUCGGAGCCCAUGCGGUAAUCUGCACCGCCAAUAGUGAACCGGCGUAUACGCAGAGUAUGCGAUUGCUUCGCAGUCUUGGGGUUCUGGUUUGUGUGGGCAUACCCAGUGUCCCGUUCAGGUUACCGGCGACUCCGUUUGAUAUGAUCGUUAAAGGGUUGACUAUUGUCGGGAAUUCUGCGGGCACGGCAAAGGAGAUGGACGAGUUGAUGGAGAUGGCUGUCGCGGGCGAUGUGCGGGCACAUAUUGAGUGCUUUGAACUGGAUCAGAUCAAUGAUGUGGUAAUGCGCCUUGGACGCUCUGAGAUUGAUGGGAGAGCUGUGGUGAAGAUCCCGGUAUAG